AAGUUACCUACAAGUUCAAUUAUUACAGAACAAUUGUAUUGAUAGCACAAUGAAUUUGAAUAGCUCAAAGAUAGUGUAAUGAUCUCUCUGAUUGUGUAAUGAAUGUAUAUGUAGUUCUUGUGUAGUGGUUUGCCAGGGAGAUAAAAUAAGCUUGAAUCAUGACUGGCAAUUGCCGCUAUACCAUCAAUAUGGCCAACUCUAUUGUUGGAGUGUCCAUACUGUCAAUGCCUUACUGCUUCAAAGAGGUUGGCCUUCUACUUGGAGUCAUCUUGUUAGUUUUCUGUUCAUUCAUCACUAAGAAGACGUGCAUGUACCUCAUCCGUGCUGCCAUCAUGUCAAGAAGACGCAGCUACGAGUUCUUAGCAUUAAGUGCAUGGGGCGGACCUGGGAAAUUGGUUGUGGAGAUUGCCAUGGUGCUCUUCCUGGUGGGCAUUGGAGUGAGCUUCCAUGUCGUCAUGGGUGAUCUCCUACCCAAUAUUGUGGCGUCUGCUCUGCAAAUUAACAUCAGCGCCGGACUACGUGCUUCUCUGCUGCUUGGUAUUGUGCUGCUCGUAGUUCUUCCUCUAUGUCUGCUGCGCAACAUAGACAGUCUCGCCUCCAUGUCCACCUGCUCCAUAUGCUUCUAUGUCGCCCUCGUUGCUGUGAUCAUGGGACACGCCCUGCCGCGGGUGCUGGACGGGUCGUGGCUGGAGGGCGCCGUCUGGGCAAACUGGAGCAACGUCUUCCAAGUCCUGCCUAUCAUGUGCCUCGCCCUCGCCUGCCAGAGCAAUGUGUUCGAGAUCUACGACUCACUGCCUGACGCGAACGUGAGCAAGAUGCGUGAUGUGGUGUCGGGGGCGAUGAACCUCAGUGCGACGCUCUACGCAUUCGUCGGCAUCUUUGGCUGCAUUGCUUUUGGCCACAGCGAUAAGUUUGGAGGCAAUGUGAUCCUGGCGUUCCCAGCCACCCGCCUGACUGAGGCUAUCAAACUCUUCUUCGUGGCGUCCAUCGCAAUAAGCUUCCCUCUGCUGCUCUUCCCUUGCCGCACCAGCAUCUACUCCCUGCUCUACAGACGGAAUUUGUCACUCUCCCAAGACCUUGUAGGGAACUACAUGCCGGAGACGCGCUUCAAACUCAUCACAUUCGUGGUGCUUGGUGCCACUCUCUGCAUUGGCAUCCUUCUUCCUAAUAUUGAGUUCGUGCUGGGUCUGCUGGGGUCCACGCUGGGGGCCCUCAUCUCGCUGAUAUUCCCUGCACUGCUCUUCAUCCGCAUGCACUCGAAGCUCUCCCUGGACCGGCUACUGGCGCAGGGCGUGCUGCUGCUGGGGGUGGUGGUGGUGGUGACGGGCUGCUACCAACACCUCGCCGCUGACUCUCCCCCUCACCAAGACCUGCCCUCCGUCCGCCUGCCCCCCUUCAGGCCGCCGCCCUUCCCUGCUGCCCCUCUGCCCAGUGAAGCUGAUGGAGAACUGCGGAGGCUGGAGCCCGUGGCACCCGAGCCUCCUGUGGUAGACAAACAGGAUCCCCCAGGUGACAACAAACAAGGGGGAGACUUCGACGAACAUAUUUCCCCAGUUGAACUCAAAAAAGAGGGAGGUAUCGACAAACAGGAUCCCCCAGUCGACCUCGAGGAAAGAGAGCUGCGAGCGGGACAAGCAGAGAGUAAACUGCAAUUGCCAGAAUCUCGGAAUCGUUCCAAGCCUUUCGCCAAGACCAGUAAAAAGCAAGCGUCAAGAUUCAAAAAAGAAAAUGAAGUUGCAAAGAAAGAAGAAGUCGAAGCUGACAAAGAGCGAGAAGAUGAUUUGAAAGACAAGCUACACCGAGACAAAGAGAAUGAAAUAGGAAAACAAAGUCAGGAAGAAUCGAAGGACAAUAACGUCGAGAAAGAAGAUGACCUUGCCCGACAAGAAAAGCUGUUGCAAGAAAUGGCUGAGCAGAACAAGGAGCACCAGAGAAUUUUGGCGGAAGAGAAGGUGCUUCUCAAGCAGCUGCAAGAGCAGCAGCAGCAGCUUCCAGUUAAUGUCGCGGCACAACAGCUGGUCGUAUCUCCACAGCAACUGCCCCUUCCUGCUGAUAAUCUACAGCAACAACUAGAUGUUCAACUACAGCCUUUCUUUGUCCAACAGCAAAAUGUCCUAUCCCAACAGCAGCCGAUCGUGGCCCAACAGCAGCCGAUCGUGGCCCAACAGCAGCCGAUCGUGGCCCAACAGCAGCCGAUCGAGGCCCAACAGCAGCCGAUCGUGGCCCAACAGCAGCCGAUCGUGGCCCAGCAGCAGCCGAUCGUGGCCCAGCAGCAGCCGGUCGUGGACCAACAGCAGCAGGUCGUGGCCCAGCAGCAGCCGCCGAUCGUGGCCCAGCAGCAGCCGGUCGUGGCCCAACAGCAGCCGGUCGUGGCCCAACAGCAGCCGAUGGUUGCCCAGCAGCAGCCGAUCGUGGCCCAACAGCAGCCGGUCGUGGACCAACAGCAGCCGAUGAUUGCCCAGCAGCCAUCCAGCGCCUCCCCGAAAAGUUCCCCCGCAGUUGUCAAGGCUGGACACGACGAAGAGAGACGCCGGCGUCGGCACGCCCCUGUGAUGCCAGAGGCCGGCGUCAGCGCUCCUCUACUGGACAACUCGCUGCUGUCCCUCAACGCAGCCCUCAUGGACCGAGGCGCGCUCGAGGGGAUCGGCCUGCAGGCGCACCUCGCGUCGCCCCGCCAGCUGCUGUGGCUUAAUCGCCGCAAGAAGAAGAGGCGGCCUCAGGACCCCGACUACCCUGACGAGAUGUGAACAGCUCCACGCCAACACUCAGUAAAAUAAGUGAGAACGUCUAAAUUGUGAUGCAAUUUCGGCCCGUGCAAGGGUCGUCUUGGUCUAGUUUGGUCCGGCAGAAAGGUUUAUCUGCGCCGUGGCCGGUCUCUGCUCGUGCUGUGGGCAAGAAGGCGCGUCAUUAUUAGGACAAUAUGACCCAUCCGCUGUUUUUGAGUGAAGCAUUGAAAUCUGUAUCAACUCUUCAACUCGUGAUUGGUCUAUGGCGUCCAGAGAUCAACUUUCAUGCGAAAGACUUUUUACUUUGUCACGAAGCUUCCAUGUAAGAAAAAUUUUGCACUGAAGAUACAGAUCAAAUAGUAGCGUACAAAUUCAGAUAAUUUGUGUCAAAUUGUAAUUUUUUACGUGUGUCCAAUAUUCGAUUAGUUUGUGUGCAAGCGUGUUUAACUUGAAGGAAAUUGCACAAAAGAUGCAAGUGAGUGCAAGUGUUUUAAUUUUCGUUGCGUUUGAC